CCGGCACGCACACGGAGCGGAGCGCAGAGCGCAGGCAGGUUUCCCUGCAGCAGGAGAGUCCCGGAGCCCCGCCGAGGAGGGACCUCUCUUCAGAAAUAAUAACACCGAUAAAUAAAGCACCGGGAUUCCGAGGAGAGAUCGGCAAGCGCGGCUUGGAUAUGGCGGCUGUGAAGGCGAUCGACCUUCUUCUCGUUGGAGUUGUUUUAGUUUUGCAGUGCGUGGGAAAUGUGCACGGAGAGACCACGGCCAGUGACGGGGUCUCCUACUCGUACUCGCCGGGGCAGGAGGGCGAUGAGGACGCAGCCGUGGACGUGAAGCUCUACAGCCACCGGUGGAGACGAUGGCUUCCUCCGAAACCCCGGAACAUGGACAGUAACAGGGCCAGUCAGGAGCAGGACCCGGAGCCGGAACAGGAGGAGGCGGACGGCUUCCCGGGCGUGCUGUCGACCGAGGAGACCGACAACAGCUCCCAGAUCGAGGAGGACACAGAUCACAACUACUACACAUCGAAGGCGUACAGCCCGACAGACCCCAUGAGCAAGGAAUUGUGGGUAAAUAUUGACCAGAUGGACAAGGAGAAAGUGAAGAUCCACGGGAUUCUGUCCAACACACACAGGCAGGCGGCGAGAGUUAAUCUGUCCUUCGAUUUCCCGUUUUAUGGACAUUUCCUGCGUGAAAUCACCGUGGCGACUGGUGGGUUCAUCUACACUGGGGACGUGGUCCACCGCAUGCUGACAGCCACGCAGUACAUCGCUCCUCUGAUGGCCAACUUUGACCCCAGCGUCUCCAGAAACUCCACUGUCAUCUACUUUGACAACGGUACGGCGCUGGUGGUGCAGUGGGACCACGUCCACCUGCAGGACAACUACCACCUGGGGAGCUUCACCUUCCAGGCCACGCUGCACAACACCGGCAGGAUCGUCUUCGCAUACAAAGAAAUCCCCAUCGAGGUGUCGCAGAUCAGCUCCGUCAAUCAUCCGGUGAAGGUGGGCCUGUCCGACGCUUUCGUGGUCGUCCACAAGAUCCAGCAGAUUCCCAACGUGAGACGGAGGACGAUCUAUGAGUACCACCGCGUGGAGCUGACGAAGACGAGGAUCACCAACUCCACCGCCGUGGAAAUGAUGCCUCUGCCCACCUGCCUGCAGUUCACCAGUUGUGGCUCCUGCAUCUCCUCACAAAUCAACUUCAACUGCAGCUGGUGCCAUCGACUCAACAGAUGUUCCAGCGGCUUCGACCGCCACCGGCAGGACUGGGUGGACAACAGCUGCCCCGACGAGACGAAGGACAAGAUGUGCGAUAUCGAGGACACGACUCACCUUUACCCCUUCACCACAGUGAACGUCGCCAAAACGACGUCAAGAAGCAGAGGCGGCGUUGCAGAAGGGGAGACGCCCUUCACGUCCCACCCGCCCACCAGCGUCCCCACUGAAGAUGACACCAAGAUUGCGCUUCAUCUGAGAGAUAACCAGGUGAUGUCUGGGGACAGUGCGGUGGACAAGGUGCCGGGCACACACCCCCUGCACACGGGCCUGAUCCUCGGCAUCCUGCUGGUGAUGCUCAUCAUGAUCGCCGGCGUAUUAAUCACCAUCUACAUCUACCAUCAUCCAACCUCUGCAGCCAGCCUCUUCCUCAUCGAGAGACGCCCCAGCAGGUGGCCGGCCAUGAAGUUUCGCCGCGGCUCGGGUCACCCGGCCUACGCCGAGGUGGAGCCGGUGGGCCAGGAGAAGGAGGGCUUCAUCGAGUCGGAGCAGUGCUGAGGGAGGGGGGGCGGCCGUCGACGUUCCCGCAGCCCUCCUCCCUCCUGCUCCGUGGCGACUCCUCGCCGGGAACCUCCGGGGACGCGCCCGGCGGCGGGGGAGCUCAGUGACUUUGUUAAGACUGUGGAUUGGGGCCCGUCGAGCGCUCGACGGGACUGGAUGCAGCGUUCAGCGACGGCAGGAAGCGAGAAAACCCCGACAAGUGAUCCCAGAACAGAGACCGAGCUGCCAGGACAGAGGGAGGGGAGAGUUCAGAGGUCAUCCUGUGGAGGUUUUGUACAGCCUGACUGCCGAGGCGAUGCUGGGGAGCAGGGUGAAGCAUACAAUAUAUAUUUUCAGAAACAAGUAUGUGAACAGAGAUUUCCACUUCAUUGUUGGUGGGGUGAUACAGUAUAGGCCUUUGUAUAUCCAUCCAGCUUUUGCUUCUUUUCCUUUUUUUUUUAUUUUUAUUUUUUUUGUUUCACCAGGAUUGGCACAUUUAUCUGUGUAGACCGUCGGUAUUGCUUUUCAAUACCAUAGCAGGCUCAAUUGACUUUUCCGCCGCGGCCGCUUGACGUGACGCCAGCAGGAUUCCUGUCACUGCCAUUAUCGACAGCAGGGAGUGACGCUCUGAGCAUCCGACGUUUGGCUGCUUCCAUCUCUUCAAAAUGAAGCGUCAGACUUGUUUUUUUUUGUUUUUUUUGCUCACUGACGAUAUUUCAGUGUUUUAUUUGGGUGAUGGGCACACUCUAUAGUUCCCUUUAAGUUUUUUUUAUUUUUUAUUUUAUUGCUUUGGGUUCAUUACUGCCGUGCCGUUUUAUCCCCAAUUAGCGUUUGCACAGUUUGUUUCAUGCACAUAUUUUCUUUUUCUUUUCAAUAUACAUGUGGUACUAAUGCAAAAUUACAAGACAGGCGCUUGUGAGUGUGAAUAUAUUUUCUGAAGUGUGAUUCAUAUGUGUGUGUGUGUGUGAAUACAGAUGAGCAGUUUACAGUGGAGAUCGGACAUCCACCUGCUUUAUCGUUUGAGCUGGCUCUGCACGGAUGAUUUUUUUUUUUCUUUUUUGAUUAUAUUCAGUGGUAUCUGGAUACAGCUUGUGUGAGCCGGAAAACACACUGGUCUGAUUGGAGUUUUUCUCUCUUUUCUUUUUUUCAUUUUCCCUUGUUGUUUUCUGAGGGGAGGUUAAAGUGUGGCUUCAUUGCCGAGCAUAACCAGGUUUGUGUCUGUGUGAAAUGAUUUGGCUUAUCCACGCUGUACAUACCGAGGCCCAAACAUUUGCAGAUUCAGGUAAUUCAUGGCAAAACAUUAGUAGUCUAGUCAGUGAUGAUACUGAAGAACUUUUUUUUCUUUUUUAUGUUUUAAGAGUGGCCUUUCUUUCUCUACUUUUUUACUUAAAUGUGAAUACUGUUGGAGUCAGUUCAGUCUCGGUUCAAAGCCCAUUUUGAACGCUCAUUUAUACUGUUCAGGAUUUCACAGUUCAUGUUUUACACCAAUGAUUGUAGACUUAUUUUUAGAGAUGCUAAAUCUCGACAUCCUGGAAUUCUACUGAAAAUUAAAUGUGCAAUAUUACACUCGUUCAACUCAAAUGCAUCAAAACACAAAACAAUCAUCUCAAUUAUUGUUAGUCGCAUCUCGCCACCAUCGCAUUGAGACCAAAGACUGAUCAGCAUUUAAAUGAGCUAUACUCUGAAGUAUUUACCUCAGCUUCCACCACAGCCUCCAUGCCUCGCCACCCACACCCGUCAGCCAGCAGUGAUCCUCGUGGUUUAAUUCACAUUUUGGUGUCAUUUUAAAGUCUGAGGAUGUUUUCCGAUUGUGAGCGUUUUUUUAAACUUUACUCUUAAUUAUUUCCUGAAAACGUCCUCUUGGGAACAGCUGUCCAAUCAUUGAUCAAUCAGUAACUUUUUUUUCUCUGGCCUCUGCAAUUCGAAACUGCAGUGAUUCCAAACAAAAUUUCAAAAUGACCAUUCAAUCAUAAUUUAAUGUAUAUGUUAGCUUCGAUGAAUGACAAUGCUGUUGGUCAUUUUUCUUAUUAUAAGGUGACUGGUUUGGUUUUUAUGCAAACAUUCUGUAGUAGUCAGCGGGAUUUCCCGAUAAUCUUCACUGAUUUGGUGUGUUUUUAUAACAUUCCCUUCAAAAAUCACAUUUUUAAAAACUAUAUGACAUUUGAGUUUCUGAUAUACAGACGUGGACAAAAUUGUUGGUACCCUUCGUUUAAUGAAAGAAAAAUAAUUCACAGUGGUCAGAGAAACAACGGGAAUCUGACAAAAGUAGUAAUAAAUAAAAAUUCUAUGAAAUUUAACAAAUGAAAGUCAGUCAUUGCUUUUCAAUCAUGCUUCAACAGAAUUAUUUUGAAAAAAAUAAACUCAAGAAACAUCUCCUUCCAAAGAUGUUCGAUAGGCUUUAGGUCAGGGCUCAUAGAAGGCCACUUGAGAAUAGUCCAAGUUUUCCUCUCAGCCAUUCUUGGGUGUUUUUAGCUGUGUUUUGAGUCAUUGUCCUGUUAGAAGACCCAUGACCUGCGACUGAGACCGAGCUUUCUGACACUGGCAGCACAUUUCUCUCUAGAAUCCCUUGAUAGUCUUGAGAUUUCAUUGUGCCCUGCACAGAUUCAGCAAAGCAGCCCCAGAACAUAACAGAGCCUCCUCCAUGUUUCACAGCAGGGACAGUGUUCCUUUCUUCAUAUGCUUCAUUUUUCUUUCUGUGAACAUAGAGCUGACGUGCCUUGGCAAAAACUUCCAUUUUGUCUCAUCUGUCCAUAGGACAUUCUCCCAGAAGCUUUGUGGCUUGUCAACAUGUAGUCUGGCAAAUUCCAGUCUGGCUUUUUUAUGAUUUGUUUUUCACAAUGGUGUCCUCCUCAGUCGUCUCCCAUUAAGUCCAUUUUGGUUGACCUUUUACAUGCUGUUCUAUAACUUUCUUUCUAAUUUCCUGAAACAGCUCUUUGCUUUGCUUCCUCUGGUCCAUGUUGUGUGUGGUUCACUUCAUGUGACUACCUCUCACCCUUCAUACGAGCCACUGACUGAUUACAAGAUUGGAGACACCUGUGAUGCUAAUUAGUGGACACACCUUGGACUGACAUGUCCCUUUGGUCACGUCAUUUUCAGUCUUUUCUAGGGGUACCAUCAUUUUUGUC